AAUAAAGCCCCUGCUGCUUAUCUCAGAAUUGGUUCGUAUUGUUGCCUUCUUUUCUUUUUCUUACAAGAAAGAGAGAGAGAGGCACAGGGCUUCCUCUAGCACCUCGAUCCAACUCAUCAACCUCUUCUUCUUCUUCUUCCUUCAACUCGCUUUUCACCCAACCAGGACAUGGCUGCAGAUGAAGAUACUUCUGCUUUGAAAUCUCAGAUCAGUCAAGCACAAGAAACUUGGAGGCAGGAGAUGGAACGAAGCCAAUCGCAAGUGGAUGUAUUGCAAGCAAGGGUUAUGGAGGUAAAGGCGUGCAUAGAAGGGUCAGAGGAGGAUGCAAAGAGGGAGUUAGAGGUUCUAUGGCGAAGAGUCAAGACUGCUUCUACCCUGUUGUCCUACCUAAAAUCAAAAGCUAGAAUCAUGGCUGUUCCUCAUCUAGCCCAUACAUCUUGUGGCAUCAAAAAAUUAGAUGGGAUAGGAAUGGUUGACAAAGAUGGGAUUCCAUUAUCAGGUUGGUCUAGGAAUGUUGAUCUUUCUUCAUUUGAUGGCCUAGAUGAAGAAUCUUGGAUAGGAAUUAACCAUCAGCAUGGUUCCUUAGACGAACAGGAUGCAGUUUACAUAGGUGAGUUACUCAAGUCUGUCCAGAUGGUCACAGAUGUGAUGGAAGCUCUUGUCAAAAGGGUUUUAUUGGCAGAAUCAGAAACCACAAUAGAGAAGGAAAAAGUGAGUUUAGGUAAGGAGGAAAUUAUGCGAAAGUCUGCUCAGUUAGAGAGUAUGUCCAUUAAAUUAGAGGAGAUGGAGCGUUUUGCUAUGGGUACAAAUGGUAUUUUGAAUGACAUGCGGCAAAGAGUAGCAGAUUUGGUGGAAGAAACAACUAGACAGAGACAGCGGGCUGCUGAAAAUGAAGAAGAGCUUUCUAGAGUGAAACGGGAAUUUGAGUCUCUGAAGUCAUAUGUUAGUAGUCUAAUCACAGUAAGAGAAACCUUACUUUCUUCAGAGAAGCAAUUCCAGACUAUUGAGAGGCUGUUUGAACGGCUAGUUGGAAAGACUACCCAAUUGGAGGGUGAGAAAAUGCAGAAAGAAGCUGAAGUUCAGAAACUUAUGGAAGAGAAUGUGAGGUUGAGUGCUCUGCUUGACAAGAAAGAGGCUCAACUUCUGGCAUUGAAUGAACAAUGUAAGAUGAUGGCCUUGAGUGCUUCAAACAUGUAAAUGCCAUUUCACCCUACAGAUUACUUGCUUAGCUCUUCCUUGCUGACCACUGGAGGCUUCUAAGUGAAGCUUUACUGGAUAAAGUACUUGAUUGAGGUUCUUCUUAUCCAGAAUAAGCAUCCAUGAAGGGCUCCAUAAACAUCAUUAAUGCCUUUAUCUUAUUUUCUGCUUGCCAUUUUUAUGCCUAUUUCAAAAUUAAACGCAGGAAUUAAUUUUCCUUAGAAUGUAAACUUGGCCUGCUCUUUAAUCAGAAAAACAAGAUGUGUCUAUUCAUUGUACAUGUUGGAGAGAUCAGAGACCAGAUCAUCAACCGCCCUCCCUCCCUCCCUCUCUCUCUCUCUCUCUCUCAAACACACACACACACACACACACUCACCAACAUAAAUUCUCAAGAUACUUCUUUUGCGAUUAGAGCACUAAGAAUUUCCCACAUGUUCCCUUCAGCCAUAGCAUUAAAAAUGCAGUUCAAGUAAGAGAAUUCAAUGGCUGACUACAAAGAUGAUAUGGAUUCAAUGGUAAUAAUAGAUUUCUCUUAUUUUCAGAACAU